AUGUUUGAGCCAAACCAAGAACUGGAUCCUUCCAAGUUCCCCACCAGGCAGCCAGUCCACAAGUCAGCUAUGCCUGGAGUGGCUCUGCAGGCGUUAGCAGCCAAGUUCAACUGUGAGGUCAGAGCGUCCAUCACUGAGGUGUCCCUGGAGGAUGUUGACAGAACAUCCUUCUUCUGUCAUGAGCAUGAGCAGCAUGCCAAGGAGUCAGAUGCAAGACCCAAGCCUUCCAUUGCGACUUUGGGCUCCUUGAACGCCCGCCAUCGUCUUCCCAAUCAGACCACACACCAGGACUAUGCCAGAAGAUGUCCUGCCAUCAGGGUUCCAAACAGGCAUCCCACUAGCAGUCAAGAUGGCCGCCGAGCCCCGCCCCCUGCAGUGAUGGCGUCCCUGUGCCCGCCUGUGCCCUUCCUGUGCGUCCUGCUGUGGGUGUGCACGGCCUUGCAGCGUGUGGCCUACAUCAGCCACAACAGCUUCUUCUGCUACUCCUGCAGCCAGGAGCCGGAGCCCUGCGAGGUGGCGGCGCUCGCCGACUGCCGCUGCAAAGACAUCACGCUGUCGGCGCUGCACCGCCCCCCCUCGCCCGCCUCGCCCGUCUUCAGCAUGAGGCGCCUGACCGUGUGGUACACGUCGCCCUGGAACGCCGCGCGCCUGCUCAACAACUCGGAGGUGAGGCACCUCACCUUGAUGUACUGCGGGCCGGGGUCCUCCAGGGAGAGGGCAGCGCCCCCUUUGGAGGGACACUUUGCUGUGCAGCACCUGGAGAGGCUGAGCGUGGUCACCUUCGCCAGCACCGAUGCACACGGCGACAACCACCUCCAUUUGCACGCCAUGGGGCCCCCCGACUCGCCCCGGGUCCAGGACAUCUACCUGGGCAGGGAGCAGGGGGCGGCCUACCAGGAGCAGGCCCGGCUGGGAGUUGUCCACACCUCCGUGCUGGGGGGCGGAGCUUCCGUCAAAGUCUACACCGUCCAGACGCACAUCGACAGUGACGGGACGCUGCCUUUCCCGGAGCUCCGCCUCCCCAAACUGCCGGAAACAUCCGUCGUCUACGUCAGCUUUGUGUACGGCUAAAAUACUACAUAGUAGUAAUAAUACUGCAAUACUACUUUUCUUAACGCAGUACUGCACUCAGCCAUGUGUACAUGAUAAAUACUACAUAGUAGUAGUAAUACUGCAAUACUACUUUUCUUAAUGCAGUACUGCACUCAGCUUUGUGUACAUGAUACAUACUACAUAGUAGUAGUUAUACUACAGCAUUACUUUCUUAACGUAAUACUAUAGUAACUAUGUAAUGUAACUAUAGUAACUAUGUGAUGUAACAUAGUAACUAUUUAAUGUAACUAUAGUAACUAUGACGUAACAUAGUAACUAUGUGAUGUAAUUAUAGUAACUAUGUGAUGUAACAUAGUAACUAUUUAAUGUAACUAUAGUAACUAUGACGUAACAUAGUAACUAUGUAAUAUAACUAUAGUAACUAUGUGAUAUAACAUAGUAACUAUUUAAUGUAACUAUAGUAACUAUGACGUAACAUAGUAACUAUGUAAUGUAACUAUAGUAACUAUGUGAUAUAACAUAGUAACUAUUUAAUGUAACUAUAGUAACUAUGACGUAACAUAGUAACUAUGUGAUGUAACAUAGUAACUAUUUAAUGUAACUAUAGUAACUAUGACGUAACAUAGUAAUUAUGUGAUGUAACUAUAGUAACUAUGUGAUAUAACAUAGUAACUAUUUA